CUUACUUGCUGUGCUGUGUUGCUGUGCCAGAGCAGUGGACUCUCGAUUUCGAGGCUCGAACUGAGGGGCCCCAGUGAGAUCAGUGAGAUCUGGGACCCAACGGACUCUUUCAUGUGUUGCGUGGCGCCUGCUUGACGCCGAAGCGGCGCUCGGGGCGGUCUGCGCGAUCCUUCGAUGCAACUGGUCUUCGCGAUCAUCGCCCAGGUCCUACUCUUCCUUCUAUUGGCCGGACUCUCGGGAAGCGUGGACAUCGACCUUCUUCGGCAAAGGUUUCGCCAGAAGACCAGCAUCGCCUUUGGUGUCGCAUGUCAGUUCAUCGUCCUCCCUUGCUUGGGUUUCUCCGCCGCCAAGGCCUUUCAGUUCGAUCCGGUGGUCGGAAUCAUGCUCAUCACCGUGACCUCCUCACCAGGAGGUGCUUAUAGCAACUGGUGGUGCUCCGUGUGCAAUGCGGAUUUGGCCUUGAGCAUUGCCAUGACCACCUGUUCCACUGUCCUGUCCUGUGGCCUGACGCCUCUCAACAUGCUGCUCUACACCUAUGGUGCUUAUGGAGAGAGCUUGAACUUCAACUUCUUCCAGUUAGUGCAGCCGGUCAUGGUGGCUGCUGCGGCCAUUUUCUCCGGCCUCUUAGUGAGCUACUGCAUACCGAAAAGCCGCCGGAUAUGCAAUAUUGUCGGAAAUAUUUGCGGAAUCCUUCUGAUCACUCUGAACGUCUUGGUCUCCUCAAGGGAUGACCCAGUCUGGGUCAGCUGCCGCGUGUCGGCACCAGAGGCAGUGGCAAUUGCCGUGGAAGUUUGCUAUCAGAACACCGGGCUUGCCAUGGCCAUCGCUUUAUCCGCCUUCGACAAGAAAGAUGCCUCGCGGGCGGCGGGAGUCCCUUUGUUCUAUGCCUUUCUGCAGGUGUGUGUCCUGCCGAUGUUCUUGCUUGUCGCAUGGAAGAGCGGCCAGACCUAUGCACCUAGCAAGGAUCCGAUUUGGAGGGUGAUCUUCUACAACUACCAGCCCAAGCAUAGCGUGCAGGCAUGGCCGUCCAAUCGAGAUCUAGAGGCUCCGAAGGCCAACCAGCUGAAUGCCUCCCCUCUCGGAAAGUAUCAGCACCAGGGCGAUGAGGAGAAUGCCAAGCAAUCUGUUCACAUUGUUCCUGAGCCUGAUAAAGAAUGAUCUUUCUUGGUUUUUAGCAUCAGUUUCUUUCGGAUGCGCGGAAUUGGACAGAUCAGCACUGCAGCUGCA